AUGAGUUCCACGACCUACGUGUCCGCCAAGAAGACCGGUCUGGCUAAUGCUCUGAACGUAUCCGUUUCCGACGUUGAGAUCACGGGCUUCGUCAUCGUGACCCAUCCCGAUCGGCUCCCCGCUGCUGUCCGCCAGCUCUCGCGGGACUCGCACGUCACCGUGACCACGCGUUUCACGGUGGAGAUCGUCGGCAGCAAGAGCGCCGCGUCCCUCACCGCCGCGAUCGCCACAAUGCCUGACGUCAUUGAGGCCGAGACGAACGAAGCUAUGGCUGCUUCUGACUGGAGUGCGGAAACGGUCAUCACUGUGGCCCCUACGCUGACGGCUUCUUCCGUGGGACCAGCGGGUUCGACUGCGGGCGUUACCACUGCUCCCACGCCGGUUCCCGUCGUCAUUGGGGCCAGCAUGGGCGCCGUCGCGGCCACUGGCGACCCGCAUUUGCAGAACAUCUUCGGCGAGCGUUUCGACCUCAUGCAGGCUGGCAGACACCUCUUGGUCCGAUCCCGAGGGGCGCGCGCAGCGAGGUCUCCCUGCUCCGCGUGGAGGCGGAGGCGCAGAGGCUCGGCGAGUUGUGCGCGGACAUGUAUUUCCAGGAGCUGA